CAUAUAAGCAAAGCUCUAUAUAAAGGGUAUCAAAAGACAGUGAGAGAGUCACCUCAGCAUUCCUUCAUAUCUUCUUCAUUUCUAUUUUUCUUUCUGCUAAUGGCAUCAAAUACUUGGGGUUUCCUUUCAUUUUUCAUGGUUCUCGUUGUAACCUCAGCCUAUCCAAUAAAAACCAAGCAAUAUAAACCAUGCAAACACUUGGUUCUUUACUUCCAUGACAUUAUUUACAAUGGGAUGAACAAAGAGAAUGCUACAUCCGCCAUUGUUGCAGCACCACAAGGGGCUAACUUGACCAUCUUGGCAAGUCAGUUCCAUUUUGGGAACAUAGCGGUAUUCGAUGAUCCCAUUACCUUGGAUAAUAACCUUCAUUCAAAGCCUGUUGGUAGGGCUCAAGGCAUGUAUCUUUAUGAUACCAAAAACACUUACACUGCUUGGUUAGGGUUUUCAUUUGUUUUCAACAGCACUGAUUAUUACCAAGGUACCAUUAAUUUCAUUGGAGCUGAUCCAUUGAUGAAUAAGACUAGAGAUAUCUCUAUUGUUGGUGGCACUGGUGACUUUUUCAUGCAUAGGGGUGUUGCAACUUUGAUGACUGAUUCCUUUGAAGGUGAAGUGUAUUUCAGGCUCAAAGUUGAUAUCAAGUUCUAUGAAUGCUGGUGAAAA